AUGGCAAUGUCGUCUAUCCGAAUGUUCAUACGCGAACGCCUCCUCAGGCUCUGGCGCACUUUGAAAGGGGCACGCAGAGGUGCGAAGACGCUCUACCAAGAUGCCGGAGCCCAGACCACCGAUCGUGACUCUCGCGAGCCGACUAUCGCACUUCAACCUCAGUCCAGACUACUUUCUUUACCGGCAGAAAUUCGCAACAUGAUCUAUCUGGAUGUUCUGGAAGUUCGUUCAUGGCCAUUUCACGUCAGCAUCACUCCAGCACAACACGAACUGCCUGGUCUACUACGAGUUUGUGCACAAAUCCGACACGAAGCUAUGCCUAUCUUUUUCAAGAACAACGCUUUCAGCUACAACGUCAUCGAUCUGAAGCCCAUUGCGCCCUUGCACAGCUCAGAUCACUGGAGUGUCCAAAGCUACAAUGGAGUCGGCCUCAACGACUCAAAAGCCUCGUACGCAAAAUUCAGUGGCCGUGCCGACUGA